UGUGUCUGUGUGAUUCAUUUUGUGUGAUUUUGUUCUUUUCUUCAACUCUUUUCUUCAGUUCUAAAAAGAAAUUGUGUCCUUUUCAAUAAAGUUUAUAAUUUUCAGUGCUUCUGUUUUGAAAAUGUUUUUAAUUUUUGGCAAAACAAUUAGUUAUGUUUCCAAAUAGAUCUUCCUAGGGUUUAAUUUUGACUGCUAAGAAUUGUUUAUCUGAGUUGAAUUUGAGGCGCAUUCAACUUGGAUCUUGGAAUGUUUCUUCUCUUUGACUGUAACUACUGAAUUUUUCAUCACCUUUCCAAUUUGAAGGCUUUCGCAAAUUCAUUCAAUGUCCAGUUUUAGAAACGUUUCGGACACUUGAUUUCGGACACGGAAUUUCAUUUUUUACAUAGGAAUCUUAAAAUAACGUCGUUUCGCCGUGUCUGAGUGUCCUGUUUCCCCGUAUCCGUGUGAUACCUGGGUUGUUGUUGUUAUGAUUAGUUGAAGAAUGGAUGAAAGUUGGAGGGAAGUUGUGAAAAAGAUGCUUCCUCCAGGAGCAUCUCUCCCUGAAGAUGAGUCUAAGCUUGAUUACUCUAUAGCUAUUGAGUACCAAGGCCCCCCCUUCCCUUAUGAUGUUCCUAAAGUUGAACCUCUUGAUGUAGCUUGGCAUUCCAUUCCCACUGCCCAGCCCCUUUCAGAGUCCCAAAGAUCAGUUGCUCCAGUCGUUGAACCAAUACCUUUGCCUAUGUCUUGUAUUGCUGCUGCUGUGGCAGCUUCACCUGCUCGAUUAUCCGCGAGUUCGGAGUCCGUUGUGUCGGUUUUGCAAAACCCUGAUUCUUCUUCGGCUUCCGCUUCCGCUUCGGCUUCCCCGGAAGGCAGGAGAGUGGCUGUUGUUACUUUUAACACGGUUGAGCGCAAAGACGUUGAUGCGGAGAAGGAGAAACCGUUUUAUCCGGAAUAUGUUGGGGUUUCGAAGGGAAAGAAGAAAAUGAAAAGUAGAGUUUGUUACAGGUGUGGAAAAGGGAAGUGGGAGAGCAAGGAGUCAUGCCUCGUUUGUGAUGCUAAGUAUUGUAGUAAUUGCGUGCUUCGGGCUAUGGGGUCCAUGCCCGAAGGCCGUAAAUGUGUCACUUGCAUUGCUCAACCCAUUGACGAAUCCAAGCGGUUGAAGCUGGGUAGACAUUCCAGGGUGUUGUCUCGGCUGCUUAGUCCUCUGGAGAUGAAGCAAAUCAUGAAAGCAGAGAAAGAGUGCUCUUCUAAUCAGCUUCGACCCGAGCAACUCAUUGUAAACGGCUUCCCUCUCAAGCCAGAGGAGAUGGCCGAAUUACUGGGGUGCCCAUUGCCUCCCCGAAAACUCAAGCCCGGUAGAUAUUGGUAUGAUAAGGAAUCUGGUCUCUGGGGAAAGGAGGGGGAAAAACCAGAUAGAAUCAUUAGUUCAAACUUAAAUUUUUGUGGGAAACUUAAUCCAGAUGCAAGCAAUGGGAACACGCAAGUGUAUAUGAAUGGCCGGGAAAUUACUAGACUUGAAUUGAGGGUGCUAAAACUAGCAAAAGUUCAGUGUCCACGUGACACUCAUUUUUGGGUCUAUGAUGAUGGGCGUUACGAAGAGGAAGGUCAGAAUAAUAUCAGGGGCAACAUUUGGGAGAAGGCAUCAACACGGUUUGUUUGUGCAUUAUUAUCUUUGCCUGUGCCUCAUGGACAACCACAUGGACAGAGAGAUGAGGCCAGUAAUUAUACAACUGUUCCAAAUUAUCUGGAGCAGAAAAAAGUACAGAAACUUCUUCUGCUUGGUCUUCAAGGCUCCGGAACGAGUACUAUCUUCAAGCAGGCCAAAUUUUUGUAUGGCAAUAAGUUUACUGCAGAAGAGCUGCAGGAUAUCAAGUUAAUGAUCCAGAGCAAUAUGUAUAGAUAUCUAAGCAUUUUGCUUGACGGACGAGAACGUUUUGAGGAGGAAGCAAUGUCUAGGAUGAAGGAACUAUGUAAUGAAGUUCAAAGUUCGGUAUCAGGUGGAGAGGUCGACUCUGGUGAAACUAAUCAAUGUAUCUAUUCAAUCAAUCCAAGAUUAAAGCAUUUCUCAGAUUGGCUGUUGGACAUUAUCGCUACAGGGGAUUUGGAUGCAUUUUUCCCUGCAGCAACACGUGAAUAUGCUCCAUUGGUUGAAGAAGUAUGGAGAGAUCCUGCUAUACAGGAAACAUUUAAAAGAAAAGAUGACCUUCACUUCCUUCCAGAUGUUGCUGAGUACUUCUUAAGCCGGGCUGUUGAAGUCUCAAGCAAUGAGUAUGAACCUUCUGAACGUGAUAUUCUUUAUGCGGAAGGAGUCACUCAAGGAAAUGGUUUGGCUUUCAUAGAAUUCUCUCUUGAUGACCGCAGCCCAAUGUCUGAAACAUACACAGAUAAUAUGGAAGCUCAACCCCCACCUUUAACAAAGUAUCAACUUAUUAGGGUAAAUGCGAAGGGGAUGAAUGAGGGGUGCAAAUGGGUGGAAAUGUUUGAAGAUGUACGUGCAGUGGUGUUCUGCGUUGCUCUUAGUGACUAUGAUCAGAUGUGGGUUGCAGCUGAGAGCAGUGGGAGUGGUUCAUUACUAGAGAACAAGAUGAUGCAAAGCAAAGAGCUGUUUGAGAGUAUGAUGAGGCACCCGUGUUUUAAGGAUACUCCUUUUGUGUUGGUGCUUAACAAAUACGACAUGUUCGAAGAGAAAGUUAACCGAGUGCAUCUUAGUGCAUGUGAAUGGUUUAAUGAUUUCAGUCCUGUGCAGCCCCACCACAACAGUCAGACACUGGCUCACCAAGCAUACUACUACGUCGCGAUGAAGUUCAAAGACCUCUAUGCCUCAGUUACCGGGCGUAAGCUGUUUGUAUGGCAAGCCAAGGGUAGAGACCGUGUAACUGUUGAUGAGGCAUUCAAGUACAUAAGGGAGGUUCUCAAGUGGGAUGAAGAGAAAGAGGAGAAUUAUUAUGGGGGUGGAGCUGAGGACUCUUUCUACAGUACUGACCUGAGUUCUUCUCCAUUUGUUAGGGCAGAGUAAUGUGCUUUUCCGGGGGCCCUUUUGAUAGGAAAAAUAUGUAAAUUAAAAGGAACGGAAUAAGAUUAAUAAUUUGUAUAACUAAUGAUAGAUUGGUGCUUUGUGAUUUAUUAAAAUAAUAAGCUUAGAUAGAAAUUCUUGAGGAUUUUCCAA